AUGUCGCACAAGUUGGAUGUUGAAGAUGGGCUCUACGGGAUCAUAGAGUCGCCCAAUAUCUCGAGAAUUCGCUUCGGAGAGUACGAAUUGAACACCUGGUAUGGGAGUGCAGUGUAUUUUGCUAAAGACAAGUCUACACUGGGGUACAAAUACAAUCCUACUGGAGGUGCUGGUGGUGGUGCUGGGAGAAAGAAAUCAGAUGUUAAUAAGGAUGAUAUUUGGCUAGAAAAGCUGUUUAUUUGUGAUUCAUGCUUCAAAUAUACCGAUGUUAAACAAGAAUUUGAUGAUCAUGUACAAUCAUGUGAAUAUGAAAAUAAACAAUUGGGUAAAAUCAUGUAUAAAGAUGAGAAAUAUUGCAUUAGGAAAGUUAGAGGAUCACAUCAUAAACUUUUCACACAGAAUCUAUGUCUUUUCACUAAAUUAUUUUUAGAUAAUAAAUCAGUAUUUUUCACUGUGGAUUAUUUUGAAUUUUAUAUUGUUUAUGGAUCACAAAAUAAUAAACCAAUGGGAUUUUUCUCUAAAGAGUUACUUUCAUGGGAUAAAAACAAUUUAGCAUGUAUCUUGGUGUUCCCACCAUAUCAAAGAAUGCACUUAGGUACAUUAUUAAUUUCAUUUUCAUAUGAAUUAUCAAAAUCUCAAAAUUUAAUAUCAGGUCCAGAAAAACCAUUAUCACCUUUUGGUCUUAUAGGUUAUUUAAAAUAUUGGACAUCAAUUUUAACAAGAGAAUUUGUACAUGGGAAAUUAUCAAAUAAUGAAACUGUUACAUUAGAUGAAGUUAGUAAAAUUACUGGAAUACGGCAAGAUGAUGUUGUAAUGACUUUAAAACAUAUGAAAGUUUUAGUAAUGAAGGAUCAAAUAAUUUAUAUUAAAAAGAAAAUUUUGGAAGAUUGGGCAAAGAAAAAUAAAGUUAGUUUUGAACCAUUACUUAAAAAAGGUGGACUUCUACUUGAAUGA